AUGCCUGUAAUCAAGGCUCCAACAAAUCAAAAGCGUCACACUAAUGUGGCGGUAGUCCGGCUCAAGACUCACGGAAAGCGAUUCGAACUUGCGUGUUACAAAAAUAAGGUGCAAUCAUGGAGGGAUGGAACGGAGAAAGAUCUUGGUGAGGUGUUGCAAUCGGAUAGAAUCUUUACAAAUGUCGGCAAAGGAGAAUUCGCUAAUUCGAAAGACUUGGACAAGGCAUUUGGAACGAAAAAUGAAAAAGACAUCGCAAUUAAAAUCCUGGCAAAAGGCGACCUGCAGGUUUCUGAUAAAGAACGAGAAGUAGCAAAUGAAUCGCUCUUCUCUGAAAUCGCGGAGAAGGUUUCUGAAAUGUCCAUCAAUCCUCAAACGGAACGAAAGUAUCCACCGACGAUUAUACAGAAGGCGAUGAAGGAGACGAUUCAUUAUUCCUUGCAGACGAAGAAGAACGCGAAAGUACAAGCAAUCGAUGUCAUCAAGCAGCUGAAAGCCAAGGACUUUCCGAUUGAUCGUUGCAAAAGCCAAGUGAAAGCUACAAUUCCAACUGAAUUUUCUGACGUCGCCGAUAAGAUCCGAAAGCUUGCCAGCAAAAUACUUGACGAAAAAGAAGCGGAUGAUCAGAUCCUGCUCAACAUUAUGAUCAUGCCGCACCAACUGAAAGAGAUUCAACAGAUCUUCACGAAAGAAACAUCGGGUAAAGCUUCCGUGGAAUUGAUAUCGCUGAAUAAACAAAAGUCCUCUGAUGAACAGCUCAUUUAA